ACACUUUGGGUAAACACACCGCUCAAUGGAAAGCAUCUGAUAAGAGCUGCUGCGUUUCUGGUGGCUCAGUCAGGAGGACUUGGUGCUCCCAUUAGUUCUGCGGCUUCAUCAGGGCCGUCUCGCCUCCUCUCUCCGAGGGACCCAUCAUGUCCACGACCAUCUGCCAAGUGAUGGGGUUCAUCAUUUCGUCGCUGGGUGUUGCGGGGUGCAUGGUGGCCACUGCCAUGGAUAUGUGGAGCACACAGGACUUGUAUGACAACCCGGUCACAGCCGUCUUCCAGUAUCAGGGACUGUGGAGGAGCUGCGUGAGGCAGAGCUCCGGCUUUACAGAGUGCCGGCCAUAUUUCACCAUUCUUGGGCUGCCAGCAAUGUUCCAGGCUGUGAGGGCCCUCAUGAUCGUGGGUAUUGUCCUGGGCAUCCUUGGCCUCCUUGUGUGCAUUUUUGCUCUGAAAUGCAUUCGUAUUGGCAAUAUGGAGGAUUCUGCAAAAGCCAGCAUGACUCUGACCUCUGGCAUCAUGUUUAUUGUUGCUGGUCUUUGUGCCAUCACUGGAGUGUCCGUGUUUGCCAAUAUGCUGGUCACAAACUUCUGGAUGUCCACAGCCAACAUGUACCAAGGAAUGUAUCAGAAUGUCCAGAACAGGUAUACCUUUGGCUCAGCCCUCUUUGUUGGCUGGGUGGCAGGUGGUCUGGCCCUCGUAGGAGGCAUCAUGAUGUGCCUGGCUUGCAGAGGGCUGAUUCCAGAAGAAUCCCGUUACAAAGCAGUAUCCUACAAUGCUUCGGGACGGAAUAUCUCCUACAGAACGGGGCCGUAUAAGGUUGCUUCAGGGUAUGAACCUGAAACGAAGACUAAGAAAGGUGCAGGGUAUGAAGAAGCUGCUCGAAGUGAGGAUGGAAGACGCUCGUACCCUUCAAAAUAUGACUAUGUCUAGUAGACUUUCUGAGCUUGAUUUGCUCUAUCUUUCAUAAAAUAUUUUUAACUUCAGAAGCAAAAAGUACAUGCAAACUAAGCAGUUUGUAAAUAGGAUUGUGUUUUCUAUCACGUUUUCACUACUCUGAGGUUUUAUUCUAGCUUGUUAUGAGCAUCAGUUUUAUUUGACUGCCUGCUAGUUUGCCUACCAUAAGGAGGUCUAUACAAAAAGUAAUGCCUUUUAAUGCUGUCAGAGUAGAACAGUUUGCUCGUAUUUUAUGUAUAAACUCUGAUAUCCAGUACCAGGAUUAUGCCUUGUGAUCUUUUCUAAUUCCUCUAAUAGGUUAAAAUUCCCAUUUAAUAAUAGCCCAGAUGUAAAAGUGAUGCUACCCCUUUGAUCAGGCUUUCAUGCAGUUUUGCAGUGUCAUCCUCUACUUUCUCAGAGUCUGGAGAGAUGAACAGUAUCCUGUGACCUCAGUGUUCUCCAAUCAUCAGAAAAACCAGUGUAUUGUUGAAGUGAUAGAAUACUCUGAUCUGGUUUUGACACUUGAGGUUUUGGCUUUUGUAUGAAGGUUUUUUAGCAGUUUGAAAAGCAAAAACUACAAUCUAGUAAUCUCCUAUAUUAUUCUGCUGUGUAUUUAUAUUCAGUUGUAUCCCUCUGGCUGUGGCAAAUGCAUACAGACCCCAUAGUCAAGGCAUUUUCCUCCCCGGUGACUCUUUCUACUCAGACACACCUUUGCUUUGCUGGUUGUACUACAAUGCUGAUCUGCUGUGAUAUUUAAUCUGAUUUAUGUUACUUAGACAUUUGCUAUAACCUGUGAUACCGAAGUGUAUUUAUUUCUUCUGAUCUCUCCAGGGAAUAUGUAUAAUCCAUUGUUAUUCUUAUGCUAGAUAUUUGCUGUAAUAGCUGAAAACCUCUGUGUGCGACCGGUGUUCCUGCAGAUGUCAUCUUUAAUGAAGCCAGAAGAAUUUCUCAUUUAGAAUUAAUUAGAGUUACAUUUGGAGCAGAAAUCCCAGGGAGCAUUAGAUGUGUAACUGCACACUGACAUCAUGACUUUCUUGUGUUAAUUCUUCCCCCAGUGAUGUGAAGAUUAACUCCUUAGUGGGACAUUGCCUCUUCUAACCAAUCCAUCAGAGGAAGUUUAUUUGAAAGGGUCAGAGGAAGAAACACAGGAGCUUAUGUGGGAAGGGAGAACUGUGUGCCUUUAGCAUGUCCUCCCAUGUAGCUCCCAAGUAGUUUUUAGUGAAGUUCUGAAAAGUGCCUAUGAGCAGAUCAAAGGGUACUAAGGGAUAAGAUGGAGAGAAAGAAGAGGUCCAAAACCUCCAAAGCAGCCAUUUUUGAUAGCUAUCUGCAAUAAGUUUUAGUUACAAUUAUAAUAAUUAUAUAUUCUCUGUAGGAGUUCAUCAGCAAAAUUGUUUUGGUGAAAUGCUGAUAAUCCCUUGAGUGGUUUCAUGUUCUGGAGGAAUCAGAGGUAGAGCUGAACAUUUCUUCAGAGCUGAACCUUUGGUAGGUCAAGCUACCAGUCUACCUGGCAUCUCUGGUGGCUUGUAUGAAUAAGGCGGGCAGGCUGUCUCACUGAACAUCAGUGCUCUCGGUGAGGGUGAACAUAAACCAUACCAGCUCUCCCUAACCAUCAACUCUCCAGAUCCACUAAGAUGCAUGUCACCAGCGCAGGUCCAGGAGAUGUGGAUUGACUGCACUUCGGGCAGGUCAGUGAAAGGAGAAGGCAAUGCCUGGUAAGGUGCAUCACCAGGGGCUGAUAGCUGGAGGAGAUGGCCGCCAUGGUGAGAAGAGUUUCCAUUCAACAGAAACUCUUGGUCCUGUCUCAGGCUGGAUGUUGGCUCCUGCUGCCAACAUAUGGAAAUCUCUCCUGGAUGUCAGUGCUGACUCUCCCUUUCAUAUUAGUGAGAGACUUGUCUUAAGGAUGUGUUUUUAAAGAACAGUUUAGUUUUGCAGAGGUAAAUCCUGUCCUAUUUUAAAAACACUGAUAUUCUGUACAAUGGUUUUGUCCCCAUCUCUCAGUAUAGACAUAGCUUUUUUUGUCUUUUUUUGCAUGCUGGAUUUUUUUUGUUGUUGUUGUUGUUAGUUAUUUUUUUCUUUUUUUACAUUAAUAUUAAAACUGAAAAAGCCUUUAA